AUGAGAUUACUGAAUGCAUUCCCGCAAAUAGUGUUUGUUUCGCUGCUCGCACGCGGCACCUCUGGCUCGAAACAGAGUGAUCGUGGUGUACACCCGAUUGAGACAAUUGGGAACCAUUUCAUCGAUUCUGUCACUGGGGAGCCCUUCUUUAUAAGGGGACUCGCAUACCAGCCCGGCGGGUCCGCAGAGGUUAACCGCGAUUCGGACCCGCUAUCAGACCCAGAGCUGUGUGCUCGUGAUAUCCCGCUGUUCCAGCAAUUGGGUGUUAACACAAUAAGAAUAUAUUCGUUGAAUCCACAUUUGAAUCACGACAAGUGCAUGAGCAUGCUCGCUGCAGCUGGGAUAUAUUUGCUACUGGAUGUAAACUCUCCCAUGCAAACCCAACAUCUGAAUCGGUACGAACCGUGGACCACGUACAACGAGGACUAUCUGUCUCAUAUUUUCCAGUUGGUGAAGCAGUUUUCAAGUUAUCCAAAUACUCUUGGCGUGUUUGCUGGCAAUGAGGUCAUUAACGACAAGAAAUCCUCGGAGAAGUCCCCCCGGUAUGUCAAGCAGGUCGUCGGAGAUCUCAAAAAAUUCGUCAAGUCGCACUGCGCGCGGAACAUCCCCGUUGGCUACUCAGCAGCGGACGAUUUGGACUACAGAGUGUCGUUGUCAAAAUACCUAGAGUGCACUGAGGGCGACGACGAUUACAGUGUCGAUUUUUACGGGGUGAACUCCUACCAAUGGUGUGGCCAGCAGACAAUGGAGUCUUCAGGGUACAACGUGCUAGCGGAUGCUUACAAGGAUUACACCAAGCCGGUGCUCCUAUCCGAGUUUGGCUGCAAUAGGGUGAAACCGCGGAUCUUCCAGGAAGUCGAGGGCCUGUUUUCGAAGGAGAUGUUGCGCACUUUUAGUGGAGGGAUAGCGUACGAGUACUCCCAAGAGUCUAACGAUUACGGGCUUGUGGAGAUCGAUGUGAAUAGUGGGGACGUCGCGCUGUUGGGCGAUUUCAAACAGCUUCAAGAACGAUUUAAUCGCAUUGACACGUUGGCAAUUGCAAGCGAGAAACCCAGGGCCAAAAGCCCCAUCUCGUGUUCUCACAAGUACCAAAAUCUGAACAUUGAAGUAGACGUGAACAGCACGCUUUCCUCUGAGCUGAUUGGCAAGGGAGUGGACAUCCAACAGGGACAGUAUGUGCAGUUGCAGGAAUCUGAUCUGAAAAGCACACGGUCUGUAUUCGACGUUGACGGCAGGAAAUGGACUGGACAGAGCAAGAUUGACGUCAUCCGGGACCUGUCAUUGCCAGGUAGCUCGCCUAUGUCACCCCCGAGGGAUGAGGUAAAACGCGGCACAGGUAAGCAGAGAAACGUUGGCACUGUCUUGGAGAGACCGGCCCUCAUAAUUGCUGGUGCUGCCCUUGCUGGUGCUGCGUUUCUCGUGUUGUAA